AGCGGCUCGCGGGGUUCGGCUCGGCUGGUUCGGCUCGCACGGCGGGGCGAUGUGUGAGUGCCAUGGCGAGGAGUCUCUGUGCGGGGGCCUGGCUCAGGAAACCCUACUACCUCCAGGCUCGCUUUUCAUACAUGCGGAUGAAAUACCUUUUCUUUUCCUGGCUGGCAGUAUUUAUUGGAAGUUGGAUUAUAUAUGGCCAAUACUCUACUUAUACAGAGCUAUGCAGAGGGCAGGACUGUAAGAAAAUAAUAUGUGAUAAAUAUAAGACCGGAGUCAUUGAUGGACCUGCAUGUAGUAGCCUUUGUGCUAAAGAAACUCUUUAUUUUGGAAAAUGCUUAUCGACUAAACCCAACAACCAGAUGUACUUAGGAGUUUGGGGAAAUCUGCAGGGUGUUGUGAAGUGUCAGAUGGAACAAACCCCUCGCCUUGAUUUCGGAACCGAGUUGGAACCAAGGAAAGAAGUGAUCUUAUUUGAGAAGCCUACUCGGGGAACCACAGUCCAGAAAUUCAAAGAAAUGGUGUACAGCCUCUUUAAAGCAAAGUUGGGUGACCAAGGGAAUCUUUCGGAGUUGGUCAACCUCAUCCUCUCGGUGGCUGAUGGAAACAAAGACGGCCGAGUUUCCUUGCCUGAAGCCAAGUCUGCAUGGGCCCUUCUUCAGCUCAACGAGUUCGUGCUCAUGGUCAUCCUUCAGGACAAAGAGCACACGCCCAAACUGAUGGGCUUUUGUGGAGACCUUUACAUGAUGGAAAGAGUGGACUACACCUCUCUUUAUGGAAUAAGCCUUCCCUGGGUGAUGGAACUUCUCAUUCCCUCUGGUUUCAGGAGAACCAUGGAUCAGUUGUUCACACCCUCAUGGCCUCGGAAGGCCAAAAUAGCCAUAGGACUUCUGGAAUUCGUAGAAGACGUUUUUCAUGGUCCCUACGGAAAUUUCCUCAUGUGUGACAUGAGUGCCAAAAACUUGGGAUAUAACGAUAAAUAUGAUUUGAAAAUGGUGGACAUGAGAAAAAUCGUGCCAGAAAGGAAUCUCAAAGAGCUAAUUAAAGAUCGUCACUGUGAAUCUGACCUGGACUGCGUCUACGGUGCGGAUUGUAGAACUAGCUGUGACCAGAGCAGAAUGAAGUGCUCUUCAGAAGUGAUCCAGCCCAACCUGGCCAAGGCUUGCAGCUUGCUCAAAGACUACCUGCUGCGCGGGGCGCCCUCCGAGAUCCGGGAAGAGCUGGAGAAGCAGCUCCAGUCCUGCGUCGCCCUCACGGUCACUGCAAACCAGAUGGAAAUGGAGCACUCUUUGAUAUUAAAUAACCUAAAGACAUUACUGUGGAAGAAAAUCUCUCAUACAAAUGAUUCCUAGUUAAUCCGUCAGACGUGGGAAACUUGCCACUUUAAGUCAUCCUGACCAUUAAAAAUGAGCACGGCCCAUCAACGUCCCUUUCCAACCCCUUCCCAGAAACUCCACCUCCUAUGCCCAGUCCCCUCUGGCUCCUUAAUCAAGUCGUGGUGGGGCCAGAGUCCGUGCCCUCCAAGCCACUGUUCAGCAGGAGAUGGGGGUCUUUUACUUGUACAGUUUACAAAGAGCUUUUACAUAAAUUCCCACUAAAUUCUUCCAACAAUCCUGUGAGGGAUGCAGGGCAGGAUGAUUCCCAUUUCUUGGCUCAGGAAACUGAGGCUGAGCACCGCUAGUAAGCGGCAGCCAGGACUCUUGCUCCCGGCUUGAGCUUCAGCUCCCAGGCCCUUCAUGGUACCAGAAAAACGAGGACUCUGUGUAUUUCAUCCAGUCAGAGCGAUGUGAAUACAAGAACCUCUGGUCCAUUUCUCAAAGGCACCUAGUUGUUCUUCACUCCUAAUGCUGUGAAAAUCCUCAUUUACAUGUGAAUACUCAUGUUAAUGAAAAUGGUUUUUGCAAGUAAUUUUUUGUUAGCCAAGAGGCCACUGCUGGAAACAUUGUGGCCAAAUCCAAGCUGCUGUUUUAAAAAUUAAUUUAACUUUCACAUAGUUUACUAAUAUUUCAGCAUGGCAGAAUUUGCACAUUAAUGGGAAAUUUAAAUUGCUAAGCAAAUAAAUUAAAUUCCUCUUUGGCAUAAACAGGUAGUGGGGCUUACCUUCAGUUUAUUUACGUUCUUACCUCAUUUAUUCAGAUCUUGAAUGCUCUAUCUAGUAAAUUAUGGAUGUUUCCUCAAAUAGUUCAAACAGAACCCUGGAGGAACUGGAAAUUUCCUAAAAACUCAAGUGACCAAUACACAAUUGCUGUCAUUAGUCUAUUUUCCACAUCAGUCAUUAAAUUAUAAAGCAUUAGAAAUGAAAUAUUUAAAAGGGCACAAGUUAAGACCAUGUCUUAAAAUCAGGCUCUCCCACAAUAAUUCUAAAAGGCAGAGACUAAGGUCUCUUUUCCUCAACAAGCCCUGGGCAUUCAGUAUUUACAGUGAUAUGUCUCCAAACCAGGUACAAGCAGAGUAUCCACAGGGGAGUUAAGUUGUCAUAUUUGAUCUACAGUAGGAAAAAAAAAAAAGGCCAACUGAUCUGUUCAAACAUUUUUAAAAGGUACUGAACCAGUUUUCUUGUUUUUGAAGUGUGGUAGACAUGAAUUAAUCAUGGAAUCUUAAUGGAAGGACCUCUAAAUUAUCAAUGAAAAAACACUAAGGUACAAAAUGUCUCCAAAUGGCAUCCCCUUGGGUCAGUGGGCAUGCACGUUGAGAAAGCCAAUAGCCUUUCCAUAUACGCUCAGGACAAAGGGUUAGCAGCAAAGUGGAUUCCGAGUGCAUUUGACCUGUAUAUACUUUGUUCUGGCAUGUCAUUUCAAACUUUGCACACAAUGACAAUCUUUUUUGAUGUCUCCAUAAAGUAAAACGGCCUACUUUUGGAGGAAGAGCCAAUGUUUGCUGCUGGAAAAGAUUCCAACUGGAAUUGCUUGUGUCCUCCAGCUGUGUCUAACGUACAUGGUGUAACUGGGCGGUGGACUUUACUGAUCAUGGCGUUGUUAUCACAAUACAUUUUUUUGAGUUACAGUUGUACAGUUUAAGGUCCUUUUCCUUUCCACUAAGCAUCUGGUUUCAAUAAAUGGCUGGAAGAAUA